UUGGAAAUUACCUCGUAUCCACCUUUUCCCUCCUUUAUUGUCCUCUAGUUCAGCUAUAUAUAGCCUCAAUGGCAGUUCAAGUUCCUAAAAGCAAACCACUUACCAUAAAACCAUCUUACAGUUAUCCAGCAGAGAAAAUGGCCGUUGUCACAAGAUUGGUGAAAGAUAGAGCAGUGGUUAUAUUCAGCAAGAGUUCUUGCUGUAUAUGCCACAGCAUUAAGACGCUAAUAUGUAGCUUUGGGGCAAAUCCAACUGUUUAUGAGCUUGAUGAACGCCCAGAUGGUCAGCAAAUUGAGAAGGAACUCAUAGCCUUAGGGUGUAAGCCAAGUGUCCCAGCUGUUUUUAUAGGACAGGAGCUCGUUGGUGGAUCCAAUGAGAUCAUGAGUCUGCAUCUCAAAGGAAUGCUGGUCCCAAUGCUCAUUAAAGAGAGAGCUAUAUGGCUAUAGUACAAAUGCUAUAGCCAUAAACAGAGCAUUUUCUUAAGCUCCGGUGGUAGUCCGGUAUACUUGCCAACAGAUAUGAAAGUAUGAAUAAGAGAAUAAACAGAAAGUCAAAUGGCAUUUUAUCUAGCCAUGCGAUGUAUGAUAUAUGUAACUUGUUUGGCCUUAACCCCUUUUAUUGUUAAGGUGUUACAAACUUGAGAAGAAUAUAUGAUAUGUAACUUUACUUUAUAAUGAUGUACAUUCAAAAUCCUUAAUGGUUUGGCAUUUCAGGUAAGAUCAAUACCUACCACUAAAUCUCAAAUUUAACCACCACAUAACAGAUUUUAACUGGAAUAUAUUCACGUUUUCUAUACUUAUGGUUAAUUCAUAAGUUUUCCAAACGAAUCCUGCCUAUCACUAUCCACCACGAUCAAAUGAACAUGUAUG